CUGAAAUCGGAGGUGCUACUCCAUCAGAUGAGAAAACAGUCGAGCUGGGACCAUUAGUUUAAUAGAGCAAAGCGGAGGCAAAGAGUGCAUUCAAAACUCUUUUGGAAUCUGCAAAUAUUGGGUCUGAUUGCACGUGGGAUCAGGCCAUGAGAGCAGUAAUUAAUGACCGGAGAUAUGGUGCUCUAAAAUCCCUUUGUGAGCGGAAGCAAGCUUUUAAUGAGUAUCUGAUCCAAAAGAAAAAACUGGAAGCUGAAGAGAGGCGUGUUAAACAGAAAAAAGCUUGGGAAGAUUUCAGGAUAAUGUUAGAAGAUUGCAAGGAGAUGUCACCAUCGUCAAGAUGGAGGCAAUCUCCAUAUUCGAACAUAAUGAACGUUUUAAAGCUAUUGAGCGAGCUAAAGACCAUGAGCACCUUUCUGAAGAUUAUGUGGAGGAACUUGAGAAAAAGGAGCAUGCGAAGGCAUUGGAGUAGCAGAAGCGCAAUAGAGUGGAGAGAUAGAACUUCCAUAGUUCCAUUGUUGCUGACUUCUUUUGUUCAGGCCAGUAGCCAGUGGCGGAAAGUUCAGGACUGCUUGGAAACUGAUGAAAGAUGCUCCCGCCUUGAGAAAAUCGAUCGCUUGGAGAUUUUCCAGGAAUAUAUACGUGAUUUAGAGAGCGAAGUGGAAGAGCAAAGGAAACUGCGGAUGGAAGAAUUGAGGAAAGCUGAACGUAAAAAUCGUGAUGAGUUCCGAAAACUGAUUGAAGAGCAUGUUGCUGCGGGAAUACUUAAUGCAAAAACUAACUGGCGUGAUUAUUGCAUCAAAAUUAAAGAUUUUGCUGCAUAUCUGGCUGUCUCAUCAAAUACUUCAGGAUCAACAGCAAGAGAAACACGUGAAAUAGGUUGCUAAUAGCAGUAUUGAAUUGUGUCAACUACAUUUGUUACACUAAUCCAUAUUUAUAGACUUUACACUACAAUCCCUUUUCAUUUGCUUUCACUUAAUGAAGGUCUGAAUCUGAAUGGUUAAGAUAUCAGCCCAUUAAGUGCUUUUUUUUUAAAGAUUCAACCUGUUAAUACAUCUUAAUGAAUCAGAUGUUAAACAAAGUCUGAAAAUCAUUUAGAUCCUCACUAAAAAGUCCAAUUCAUUAGGUAAAAAAGGAAGUUAGUGCAUUAUUAUGUGGGAAUAUACUGGGUUUGUUGUUGUUGUUGUUGUAGUGCAUUAAAGAAUAGAACAUACUUGGUAGGAUAAAAGCAUGAGAUUGAGAUUUGAGAGUUACCCCUCUGCUUGCUUUUUUUUU